AUGUUCAAUAGCGAGAUGAUGCCUAAAGAGAUGCGCGGCAAGGUCGGCUCCUUUUUCGAAUGGAUCUUUUGGGAUUUUUGCGUCGUACUGGCGUGUGCGGGGGUACUACUCGGCAUUAGGAUGCUGGUGAGAAGAGGCCGUCACGAUGAAGCUUGGGUUUCGCUACAGUGGAUUUGUGCCGAUAGGUCGGAGGCUACUCAGAAGGAGAUGGAAAAUAUACGUCUCGGUGUGGAAAUGGAAGCGAGAGAGACAGAAGGCUUCCAGUUUAAAGAGCUCCUUCAAGCCGACAACUUCAAGCGAGUCUUUGCUGCUUUCGCCAUCUUCACAGCACACGGUGAUCGCAACCUGCUCCUGAUAGCUAUAUUCGGAGCUGUCAAGGUGUUGGCCUGUGGCUCAUUUGUCUUGUUUUUUUCGGAGCGACUUUCUCGCCGUCAAGUCCUCAUUACCACGGCUGCCGUCGUCAAGGUAAAAACUCCUCUAAGCACCGGCGAACCAGCUCUCAUCUACCUCUUCGUUGACUUCUACAACUUCAGUUGGGGCCCCAUGCCCUGGCCCUACGUGUCCGAGAUCUUCCCGAUACGCAUCUUCGACGCCCUCAUUGCCAUUUGCAUCUUCUUCUUCCUCAAGGGAACCAGAGGCUUGUCGCUCGAGAUUAUUGUUCAUCAACGCUUCAAGAAGAGCGCUUCCGCCAAGGAUGUGGAGCAUGCCCGAACCAUUAACGAAUAA